AUGGCUCGCAGCAUAAGCCUCGUAGCAUGUAUAUCUUUUACGCCAGAAGCAUACAUAUACAACAGUACCCGUCACCUGCUUACAUAUGUUGCCGCGGGCACGAAUCUCACUCUCCCGGAUAACGAUCCUACGUGUGCUCGACCAAGUCAAAUAGUUGCAGUGGAUAUCUGUCGUGUGGGACUGUCCAUACCAACAUCGAACAGAUCCAGUAUAUCAUUCGAACUAUGGCUUCCGGAAGACUGGAGCCACCGAUUCCUAGUCACGGGUAAUGGAGGCAUAGACGGGUGUAUCAAAUAUGAGGAUCUCGCGUACACUACGCAAAACAACUUUGCCUCUGUUGGCUCGAAUAACGGUCAUAAUGGCACCACUGCUAUUACAAUGUACCAUAACCCGGAUGUUGUUACCGAUUUUGCUUGGAGAUCCCUUCACACGAUUACUGUCGCUGGCAAGAAACUAACCAACCUCUUCUAUGACAAGGCUUAUAAGAAGUCCUAUUACCUCGGAUGCUCCCUUGGAGGACGUCAAGGUAUAAAAGCCGCUGACAUGUUUCCGGGUGAUUUCGAUGGCAUUGUAGCAGGCUCUCCUGCCCUGGACUUCAACAAUCUGCAAUCCUGGAGAGCGAGUUUCUUUCCCAUCACCGGUUCCGCCAAUUCUUCCGGUUUUAUUUCGACGGCAUCCUGGACGACUCUGAUACAUGACGAAGUCCUAAAGCAGUGUGAUGGCCUUGAUGGCGUCAUGGACGGUAUCAUCGAGGAUCCCAACCUGUGCAGCUUCCGUCCCGAAGCACUGCUGUGUGCAAAGAACGCUUCUACAAACUGUUUAACGUCAACCCAGGUGGAAACGGUCCGGAAGAUAUUCAGCCCCUUUUACGGGGAGGAUGGGAACCUUAUCUACCCCGCGAUGCAGCCUGGCAGUGAAAUCCUGGCCGCCGAGAACUUGUACGCCGGAAAGCCAUUCAGCUACUCCGAGAGCUGGUUCAAAUACGUCGUUUACGACCCCUCCUGGAACGCGGCCACCUUCGACAUCCACGACGCCGCCAAAGCCGAGACCCUCAAUCCCUCCGACAUCCGAACCUGGCCCGACCGCCUCUGCGGGUUCCGCAACCGGGGCGGCAAGAUGCUCCUCUACCACGGCGGUCAGGACAACCAGAUCACCAGCUUCGACACCGAGCGCUUCUACGACCGCCUCUCGCGCGGGACGCCGGCACCUUCCGACGCGCUGGAUGCCUUCUUCCGCUUCUUCCGCGUCCCGGGCAUGUACCACUGCAACUCGGGCCCGGGGGGCUGGGUCAUGGGCCAGGGCGGCGGGGCGUCGGCGGCGGGCGUGCCGUUUGCGAGGGCCAACAACGUGCUGGCGGCGUUGGUGCACUGGGUGGAGAAUGGCACCGCGGUGGACGAUAUCGUGGGGACUAAGUUUGUGAAUGACAGCGUGGAACUGGGGGUGGACUUUCGGCAUCGGCAUUGCAGGUGA